AUGUCUGAUCAACCUCGUUUGACCCCCACCUUCCGUGGUUUCAUCAACGACACUACCGACGCUCUGAUCCUCUUCUCUGCCUGUCUCGACGGAAUCAUCAGCCACGUCCCCCGCCGCCCUCAUGACCGCGAGCGGCAGCAACUCAUCGUCAGCGGCAGCGUCUUCAUCUACGAAGAGCAUGCCUCGGGCAUCAAGCGCUGGACCGACGGUAUAUCCUGGAGUCCGAGCCGCAUCCUAGACAAUUUCCUUAUAUACAGGGAGUUGCAAAGGCCGUUCCCGCCUGGUGAAAAGAAGCGUGCCCUUAAACGCAGGAGAGCUGGCCACGGCAUACACAAACCGGUGGCCAACAGCUCGGGAGGUACACAGGACAUCGAGCGAUCAUUGGUCGGGUCUCUGACGGAUUCGUACGACUUCAAGGGAGACGGAUUGGUCAAGAAGACCAUCAGCAUCAACUACCGUGGCGUCCCGCACCACCUAGUCAGCUACUACGACCUCGAGGAGGUCAAGUUUCUCCCGACUCCGAGUACCUUCCGCCAGUUCGCAAAUGUGCGGAUUCGUCCCGAGCUCUACCUCAACCAGAACUUCCGCACACCCGUGCCUGGAAUGCCCUUGGUGUUGCAUCAGCAUCUCGAGGAUCCCAACGACCCCAAUGCCGCCGCCGCUGCAGCCGCUGCUCAUGGCCUCUACCUGCCAGUGUCCGCCACCGAUAUCACCCCUCCCGCUCCCACAAUCACUCCCGAGCAGGUCGUCUUCACUCAGGCCUUGGCUGACAUGGCAGUCACCGCCGCUGCCGUCGACUCGGUUUACACUACUGCAGAUUGGGUUCCCGCCAUGUUCGUGACUGCCGAUGCUCAGGCCCACGCACAGGGCGAGGGUCAUAACCACCACCACCAGCAAUACCAGAUGCAGCAGCACGCUCAACUGCAGCACCACCAUGGACAUAACUACCCGCAAUUGCAGCAACAGCAGCUGCAGCAACAUCAGCUGCAACAGCAGCAAGCUCAGCAAGAGCAGAUGCAUCAACCGCAGCUGAUGGACAUGCAACAGCAACAGCAAUUUCACCAACAGCAUCAACACCUGCUGCACCCUAGCCCCAUACAGCCUCAGCAUCAGCUGCCCAGCCCUGUGCCGCAUCCACAUCAGAAUCAGCACCCCAGCCCCGUGCAGCAUCAACAACAUCAACGCCGCAGCAACGCGAUGCAGUAUCAGCAUUCGCAGUCUCAAGAGCCGCCGCAGCACCUGUUCCAGCAGGCACAGCAGAGACACCACGAGCAGCGGAACGCCUUACAGCCGGUCAUGUUGCAGCACGGUCAUGGUGCGCUAUCGCUAGGAGGGAACCCGCAAAACACCACCAGCACUUCUCACUAUGAGCCUAGUGCCGAAGAGUGGGUUACUUGGUUCCCGGGCGCAUUAUAA